UGCCCUUUAUAGCUCCAUAGUCCUGCCACGUCAAACUGACGGAUCUCGGAGGCGGAUCCCGCGCAGUGAAGGGUAGGCGGCGCUCUCAGGAGAUGUAGCCGUGUUUUCUGUCCUCCUAAAGUGAGUGUGAAGUAUUAAAGGAUAAGCAGCAGCAACAAAGAUCAUACCAAGGAGUAACCAUGGAUAUGAAGAAACUGGCUGCAAUACUUGCUGAAGCCGGGCAGUCUCAUGUCCUACAGUUUUGGGAUCAGCUGAGCCCAGAGGAACAAGCUGAGAUGAGUCUUGAUCUGGAGAGCAUGAACUUCAUGGAGAUCAACACGUUUUUCAAAAAUGCCAUGAAGACUUCUGGUCAGAGUUCCAAGGAGAAAGUGGAUAGCAGGAUGGAGCCAGUGCCCCGAGAGGUUUUGGGGAGUGUAACGCGUGACCACGAGUCUCUCAAAGAAUGGGAAGAAGAAGGCCUGCGCUGUAUAUCUGAGAACAAAGUGGCGGUUCUUCUGCUGGCUGGAGGUCAGGGGACACGGUUGGGUGUACCAUACCCAAAAGGCAUGUACGAUGUGGGCCUUCCCUCCCACAAAACCCUCUUUCAGAUCCAGGCGGAACGCAUCCGAAGACUGGAGCAGCUAGUCGAAAGGCAGUACAGUAGGAAGUGCUGCAUUCCAUGGUACAUUAUGACAAGUGGCAGAACAAUGGACAUGACCAAAGAGUUCUUCUCACGACACAAAUACUUUGGCCUGAAGGAGGACAAUGUAUUAUUCUUUCAGCAAGGCAUGCUUCCUGCUGUGGACAUUAAUGGCAAGAUUAUUCUAGAAGGCAAAGGCAAACUGUCCAUGGCACCAGAUGGAAACGGGGGUCUGUACAGAGCUCUGGCGACACAAAACAUUGUGAAGGACAUGGAAAAGAGAGGAAUCUCCUACAUCCAUGUCUACUGCGUGGACAACAUCCUUGUGAAAGUGGCCGACCCUGCUUUCGUUGGCUUCUGUUCACUUAAAGGAGCAGACUGUGGUGCAAAGGUUGUGGAAAAAAAUAAUCCAACAGAAGCGGUGGGUGUGGUCUGUAAGGUGGAUGGGCGUUAUCAAGUAGUGGAGUACAGUGAGAUUACCUUGACAACAGCGGAGAAGCGGAGCAGCGAUGGUCGACUUAUGUUCAAUGCUGGCAACAUAGCGAAUCACUUCUUCACCCUCGCGUUCCUCAAAGAGAUUGUGAGCACUCACGAGCCGCACUUGCAGCACCAUGUGGCACAGAAGAAAAUCCCCUAUGUGAACACACAAGGACAGCUAAUUAAACCUGACAAACCCAAUGGGAUUAAGAUGGAAAAAUUUGUCUUCGACAUAUUCCAGUUUGCCAAAACGUUUGUGGUAUAUGAGGUUCUGAGAGAAGACGAGUUUUCUCCAUUGAAGAAUGCAGACAGUCAGGACGGGAAAGAUAACCCUACCACAGCCCGUCACGCCCUCAUGUCCCUGCAUCACCGCUGGAUCUUAAAUGCCGGAGGGCAUUUCGUUGAUGAGAAUGGAACACCUAUACCUGCUAUUCCCAGACAUGGACCAGCAGGAACAGUCACUCCUGAAGUCAGCCAGAACCUGAAAGAUGGAACUGACCUGCCAAUCAAAUGUGAGAUUUCCCCACUUGUGUCUUAUGGGGGUGAGGGAUUGGAGAAUCUAGUGACCGGGCGAGCAUUCCUGCCCACCCUGGUCAUCAAUGAGAGUGGCGUCCACGAGCUCGUGAAGAACGGGUUGUGAACCAAAAUCUCAACGCUGCACUUGAAAACCAAAUGAAGACUCUUUUAUCAUCUUAUUUCCUGCCAUGGUGAAGGAACUGUGAAAUUUGUGUGCAAUAAAAUGAAUGAAGGGGGCCACACCGCCAAUCAUAAUCAAACCGUUUUAUGAUCAAACUAUUUAUUUUGUGAAGACUUAUUUUUAUAUCAGUGUGCCUUUUGCUUUUUUUAUUUUUUUUCUAAAAUUGGAACGUAUGAAUUUUAGCCAUUUCAUUUAUAGAUAUGUACACAUAUGUGAACAUGGCAUCCAAUGACACAGUGGUAAAUGGGUUCUUUAAAAUAUUCCAGUGCUGUUCAUGUUGUAUGAAAUGCACUGCAGGUAUUUUAGGCAGAGAUUUUAGGUAAUCUUUUUCCAUUCUCUUAAGGUUUAAAUAAAUGUAAAAACUAGGGGGAGGUAAAGUUUUGUCUUCUCUAUGGAUGUCUGUCUAUGACGACUGGAAUCAUCUUUUUUUAUUUUUUAUUUACCAGAAUGUGAGUGAGAAAGUGAUCUUUAAUCUGAUUUUCCAGUACAGGUUUUAUAAGAGAGCAUCUGAGUGGGUAAUACAGAGUCUCUGUUGCUGCCACUUGCUAAAACUAUUCAGAGAGCGCAGAAAGCAAAUUGAGACUGUCUUUCCUUCUCUCCCUCUCUCUUGCACUCUUCCUGUGUCACUAGCAGUUGUUAGCACUUCUCUUUUCCAAAGAAACUUCUUCCACCAUCUUUGUCAAUAUAUUUGUGUUCAUCCAUUUAUAAAAGUGUGUAUCAUAUCAUUGAUUAAUUUGUCUUUACCUGUUUUAUGUACCAGUUUUUCUAUUUUCCAAUAACAUUUAUAGACUUAAAGGGAUAGUUCACCCAAAAAUUAUAAUUCUCCAAUCAUGAACUCACUUUCAUACCUUCCCAGAUGUGUAUGACUUUUUUUUUUUUUUAUCUGCUGAACACAAACAAUGAUUUUUAGAAGAAUAUUUCAGCUCUGUAGGUCCAUUCAAUGCAAGUGAAUGGGUGCCAAAAAUGUUACACUCCAAAAAGCGUAUUAAAGCAGCAUAUUAGUAAUCAAAACAACUACAGUAGUUGAAUCCAUGUGUUUGGAAGUGAUAAGUUAGGUGUGGGUGAGGAACAGAUCAAUAUUUUCAAUAAAUUCUCCUUCCUGCCCAGUAGGUGGCAAUAUGCACAAAGUAUGCGAAUCACCAAAAACAAAAGAAGCUGUAAUGGAAAAAGUGUAUGUGGGGAGUAUUAGUAAAAAGGGACUUAAAUAUUUGUCUGUUUCUCCCCCACCUAUCAUAUCGAUUCAGAAUUAAAUCGCUGGAGUCACAUGGAUUACUUUUAUGUUUUAUUUAUGCAUUUCGGAGCUUAAAAAUGUUGGCACCCAUUCACUUGCAUUGUUUGGACCUACAGAGCUACAGUGACAUUAUGAGAGAAUUUUCAUUUAUGGGUGAACUAUCCUUUUAAGCUCCACUGUUUGGGAAUGUUUUGACUUAUAUAUUGGGUAUAUUGAAACAUUUUCUCUUUUUUUUAAUUGUUUGAUUUGCAUUACUUGAAGUUGACACUGAAAAUCUCAGUUAUUGCUUUCUCAUUACUAUAGUGGGGUAAUUAUUACAAAGAUGCUUUGACCUGCAUCUGUCAGUCUCAAACUUCCAUCACAAACAUAUUGCAUAGUAUAGGCUUGUAAAGUUAAAUAAUUAUUUCUUGCAAAUUUCUAUAGCAGACUGCUGUGCUGUGUUGGAAUUAUGAGGAGGACUGUUUGAAAUGGAAGGCCUCUGAGACUAGGUUGCUCACAAAUGUUGUUGGUACAAAAUCAAGUAUGGGUGACCCACGACCUGAAAUAAAAACAAAGAUCCUUUUCAAUU